AGGCCACCGUGUUGGAGCAGCGCAAGCUGGUCCAGGGAGAGGUCAGGCGAUUGGGCGACCAGUUCGUCACCACCACGGCGGAGAAGCAGGAGCUGGGUGAGAAGAAGGUGGAGAUGGAGAACACCGUCGCCGAGCUGACGGCGAAGGAGACCAUGCUCUCGAACCAGCUGUCCGCCAGCAAGAAGAAGGCGUCCGAGCUGAGCAAGGUCGACAUGGAGACGAAGAAGGAGAAGGACGCCGCGCCCCCCCUGCUGAUUGGUCGCGUCUACGCGGUCGUUCCGACCGCG